UAUUCAUUAUUAAUAUAUUUUUGAGAAGAUGGUUAUUUGACAGUAAUGUACGAAUAGUGAUGACGUACUGUACAUAUCUACUAUGGCCAAAAAAGGGUAAAAUUUGCAGAUGUGAAUGAUGAUGUAGGAACCUCCACAGAGCAGUAGAGCAUGCUGUGGGAGCAAAAAAGCCAACAAACCAUACUUCUAAAUGUGACCCUUUGUGAGAUAUAGCCCCCAAAAUCAGCCUAAAGCCUACUUCCGGGCACUAUGGCAGUGGUUUCGAAAGUGGACACUACCCCCUUUGUUGGCAGGGAGUAAAUCUUGGAGGGCAAAAAGAAGCAGGGGCACUGGAGGCAGGCAAGUACGGAACAGUGAUCAUAUGCAAAGAUUGGGAUCAUUGAUAAUCUUUCUCUUUUCUCUGUUAAAACAGGAGAAGAUGAGAAAGUUAUUUGUAACAAGAAGAGUAGCUCAAAAAGAGGAAAAAAUUUAUGAUUUAGAACAACUAAGCAACCAAUUGAUUUACAAAAAUCAUACAAAAGUAUGUUCGUAUAUAAUCCUCAGAAUAAUGCCUCUGCACAAAAUGAUAGAAAACAGACAAUACAUAAAUUUCGAUUUUGGUUACGGCGCGGAUUUAGACAUCGGCGCGCUGAUUUCGGCGUUGUUAGGAUGUGGAUGGCGCGGCGUGUGGCACUUCAUUCAAAACUUUUAUUUUAUCAAUCGUCGCGCGGAAUGAAAACAAAGUAGAAGAUUGGUUCAAGCAACGUCAGAGGUUCCAGAUCUCAAGUUAACACAACGCAUGUGAAUACGAAAAUAAGACACUUAAAUGAUUAAAAAUGAGUGCAGAAAUGGAAACAUUAUCAUAUUACUGCAUUAAACUGACCGAAAGGAAGAGUUUUGCAUGGAGAUAUUUUGGUCUCCUUGUGAAAGCGGAAGACUACGAACAGUGUGUUGACACCGAUCAUGUUUAUUGUUCUGUGUGUUUCCAGGCAAAUUUGCCAAACACUCCUACAUCUACUUCCAACAUUAUAACUCUUGUGAAGAGAUACAAAAGAAAUGUUGCAACAGGGAAUUUAUUACUACACUUGAAGAAAAAUCACAAUGUUGUUCCUCCUCUGGCAGAAGGUAACAUAAUAGUGGACGUGUUUAAUCAUGUGAAAGAUGCAAACAACAAGUCUCCAAACAGAACGUCAAAACAGGGAGAAACAAGCAAGGGCAACAGAAAUAAUGAUUUAUUGAAAUUGGCUCAUAAAGGAAAGGCCAAGAAUUUAAUUUGCAAAGAUCUUGCCCUGUGGUUUUGUCGAGACAUGGUGCCAUUUAGUAUGAGCAAUGGCCAAGGAUUUGUUGAAUUUGUAAAAAAGUACAAAAUACUUGGUGGAAAUGAAUUACCUGAACCAAAGUCUGUACUAAAAUAUGCAUUUAAUGAGAUUUAUGAUAUGACAGUUAUGGUAAUGAAAAAAGAAAUUGCUAAUUGUCCGAAAGUUGUAUCACUCACGUUGGAUAUCUGGACUGAUGUUAUAAAACAAUUGUCAUUUAUUACAUUUACUCUUCAUUUUGUAAGUAACAGUUUCGUGGCUAAAGCUUUUAAUUUACGAACAUCAGUUAUUCCUUAUCCAUAUAAAAUUCAACUGAUUCAAAAUGAAAUAAAGAAGACAGUUGAAGAAUUUGAUUUAAAAAAUAAUUUUAUUAUUUGUAUAAGCCCAGAAGGAACAAAUAUAUCAAAAGCUUGUGCCUUGACAAAAAUUGACUAUUAUAAUUGUUUGUCACAUGCUUUGCAUAAUUUAGUUGUGCACGAUGGAAUCAGUAAUAGUCCCGAGAUAAUGGAAGUGAUAAUUAAAGCAAAGUUGUUGGUGAAGCAUCUUACGUACAGACUUACAGACCUUCCUCAUGAAUAUCGUGUGCAAUAUGAAGAUAUUAUUCUUAAAUUGAUUGAAGUUGGCGAAUUCCUAGAUGCGGAUGCCCGCUUGCCUUUAUUCGAAGAGGCUGUACCACAUAAACUUCCAAAUAUGACUGUUUUUAAUUCUAUGCAAGAUUUUCCCACGACGUGGACAUGUAUAUCUGCUCUUGUGGAAAAUAUAAUUUCAUAUGAAUCAGUUAUUAUUAGCUUCUUGAGUAUUUUGGAAUUAAAUGAAUUGAUGCUAAAGGAAAUGGAAUGGGCUCUGUUGAAAGAAAUAAAUGAAGUUUUAGGGUCAUUACGUACUGCCAGUGAGAUUCUCGGUGGAUGUAAAUUUGCUUCUUUAAAUUUGGCAUUAUUAUUUCGUGCUGAAUUAAUGUCAAGUUUACAGACAACAAACAUGGAUAGCCAGAUCUUAUGCAAAUUUAAGGAAAGCAUGCUUCUCUCUGUAGAGAGAAGGUUUCCUAUUAGUGAACUUCAGCUUUGUUCAGCAUUAUUUGAUCCUUCUCUUCGCGGUCUACAGACAAUAGAUGAAUUUUUAUAUCAAAAUAAUAGCAGUAAAGAGUCUUUUCUCAAAAAAAUGUAUGAAACUUACAUUUCAACUGAAUUAGAAGACAUUUUAUGUGAAAAUCCUCUCACUCCACCUAUAGAUCCACCUUCUAACUGGAAGAGAUUAAAAUUGGAACUUUUACAAAAGCAUACUGGAAGUCACAGAGUGGGUAUAGAAGCUGAAAUUCAGCAGUACCUUUCUGUUACAACAGCCGUUGAAGACCCGUUACUAUGGUGGAAAGAUCACGAAAGUUCUUUUCCUCGACUGGCGUGUUUAGCAAAAUACAUCCUAAGUGUUCCAGCAACUAGUAUUCCUUCCGAGAGAGCAUUCAGUGUGAAAGGUAUUCUAUGGAAUGAAAAGAAAUCAAACCUGUCUCCGGCCAAAUUAGAUAAAACUUUAUUUAUUCAUGAAAAUCAUGAUUUAAUACAAUCUAUUGUGUAAAUGGAUUUGUUUCCAGUUAUUAUUAUUAUUUUUUUUUUGUUAAUAUUGGACAAUAUUGAUUUGAUUAUAGAAAAAAAUUUUCAAUUAUUAUAUAUUUAGGAUUUUAUUUAACAAAAUACUUUUAUAGCAUUUUUUUAAUUGAUACAAUUGUCCAUUGUGUAAAAUGUUGAUUUAUAGUCUAUGCAGUGCAAGCUUGAUGUAAUUCAUAAACAAUUUUGGAAUCACAUCAUUCUUAAACUAUUGGGCUGUUCAGAAAGUAAUUUCAUUUUUUUCCACGAAAAAAAAAA